AUUCUUCAGUAGGUAUUGUCACGAUUUUUCUAAAUUAACAUAAGAUCAUUUCCCGAAUCCUUCUGGUUCUAUCACUGGAUUGUUUGAAGCAAAUAUUCUACUACUCUGAAGCGUGAGCCAAUUCAAUUACAGUUCUCAAUUCGUUUUCCUUCUUAUUAAUAUACGUUCUUUCGUUCUUUGGUUACGCCACAUUCGGGCAAAUAGGAUUUUAAAACAAAAUGCGCCAGAAUUUCCUAUAAGCGAUAAUUCAGGAAAUCGAUAAAUUGUAUAUCGAUAAAUAGUGUUUCAUUCCUAAGCCAUAUUUAUAAUUUGACGCCAUAUUCUUUGCCAUAUAUUACAGCAGUCUGAUGGUGCAUAUUUUGGCGUUACAAUUACAUAUUCAAAAAUGGCAUUGAAAUUGAAUCGUGAUGAUACAAUUAAUUUAAUCCGUAUUUAUGGAGAGUACGAGUGCCUCUGGAAUUGUCGAAAGAAAGUUUAUAGUAAUCAUGUUUUAAAAAAGGAAGCAUGGGAAACUAUAGCCAAUAACUUCGAUUCGGAUGUGGCUGAGAUCAAAAAGAAAAUCAAAUAUUUGCGAACAGCUUAUGUUGCGGAACGGCGGAAGUUAGAGGAAUCAAAGAAAAAUACCGCUAAUCCAUCGGAAUUCUAUCAACCUAAAUUAUUUUAUUACAACGAUUUCAACUACUUGGACAACACAAUUGUGCUAAGGAAAAGAGAUUUCACAGAUAAAGACUAUGAAGAUGAUGAAGAAUUAUUGCCGAAAAAAGAAAUUUCAUAUGAUGAGUUAAGUAAUGAAACGAAUGAACGGUUGCAAGAAAAUGAAUCCGUAUGGGAAAAGUGUACGCCUGAAGAUUAUCUAGAUGAGGAUUUCCAACAACCGCAGUUUAAAAAAGUUAAAUUAACCUCGCAACACAGUUCAAAUUCUCCACUUUCAACGAUUAACUUUGAACAUUACUUAAAUGAUGGUAUACAUAAGCAUAGCAAAAACUCGUCGCCUGUCGCUGAAGAUAUGUACUUAGCUUUCGGUAAAAGCGUUGGUUUACAAUUGAAACAUUUGAAGACCGUUAAUGCAGCUAAAGCUAUGGCACAAAUUCAGGAAGUGUUAACAAAAUUUGCUAUUUCAGAAGCAUAAUUUCUAGUAGGGUAAAAUAUUACAGCUUUGAAUUUAAACUAAUUUCACUUAAAUGCAAGCCAAGUUUCGAUCACACUGAAUAUUUAUUCCAUUUACAUAUAUUCGGUAAAGCUUCAAUGAAUUGGUACAACAUAUUUACAUCAACCAACAAAUACGAAAUAAUUACCGUGUAUAACUUAUAAAAGUGCAAAAUCUGCAUACUACAUUAUAAAGCGAUUGAAAAA